AUGACGCUUAUGGGAGCGGAUUUGGAGAAAUUCUGGGGUAUCUUUUGGAUAGAUGCCAGUACUAUCGAAAAUGCAGAGAGGGCUUUGUCACAGAUUGGUCAGCUUGGGGGAUUGGGGGCCACUCACGACGCCGGCAUGUACUGGUUGACUGGACUAGAUACACCCUGGUUGUUAGUCAUCGACAACGCCGACGACCCCACGAUUGACUACUCAAGAUUCUUCCCGCCAGGCGAGAGAGGCCAUAUUUUAGUGACCUCCCGCAACUCGGAUUGCAAAAUCCACGCGACAAUCGGUUACUAUGAAUUUGGGAACAUGGAGGAAGAGGAUGCGAUCACGCUGCUCUUAAAGGCCGCCGAUCAUGAUGGCACACAUGACCAGCAAGUCAGAGAAGUUGCGAGACCUAUCGCCAAGACACUUGGUUACUUGGCUUUGGCGCUCAUCCAAGCUGGCGCAUCAAUCAAACAUGGCAUAUGCUCUUUGGAAGAAUACAUUGACGUAUUCGCAUCACACAGAACGCAGAUCGUGAAUGACGACUUUGUACAAGGCUCAGACAGUUAUAAGUACAACAUAUAUACAACAUGGGAGGUCUCGGUGCAGAAGAUUGAAAGUAUGGCAUCAGAGACGGCCGUGGAUGCUAUCCAAAGCGUACAAGUUUUAGCUUUCGUCCAUUUUGAGCAAGUCCCAGCCAGCAUGUUUGAAAGGGCAUGGGCUGUCUCACAGCGUCCGGAAGAGCGUGUGCUACCAAAAACGCUCGCAGCCAAGAUACUGGAACUCUUCUUGUCGUUCGCCAUAUUUGCUCUUAUUUAUACCAUGAUGUUCCCCACAAGGAAUUGGAGCACGGAGCCACGUUUGCCCAACAUAUUACUCCAGCACGGUUCAACAUGGAACUUUUAUCGGCUUAGGCAAGCUCUUGCCAUGCUAUCCAGGUUUUCGCUAAUAAUACAGCACCAAGAAAACGAAACGUGGUCCAUGCACCCAAUGGUUCAUUUCUGGGCUCGCGAGCGUCUUGAUACCCCGGAUAAGAAGCUCUGGGCUGAAAUUGCUGCCACCACCCUUGCACUGUCCAUAACGCCUGGAUUUGAGCCGUCUGUUCAGGCGUACCGGAGGUCUCUAGUGUCUCACAUUGAUUCAUCAUUGCAGAUAGAGCGAUCACUAUCCCUACUCACGCACAGAGAUGACACACAUCAUGUAUCUAAGAUUGUCAAGUUUGCUGCAAUCUAUUCCGAAUGCGGCGACUGGAUCAAGGCCAGAGACCUGCAGGAAGAGGCGAUGAACACCAAGACUAACGCUCUAGGCCGAGAGCAUCCCGAAACUCUUGACGCAAUGACCGCACUGGCGUGGAGCUAUUGGAAUCUAAGCAGCAGGAACAAGGCUCUCGAGUUACAGCGCGCCGUGGUGGAGACGAGCGCGAUGGCCCUAGGUGCAAACCACUCCAAAACACUCAAGGCAAUGAGUAGUCUCGCGUUGACAUAUUGGCUUUGCGGUAAUCGAAUCGAGGCCGAGCCCCUGGCCGAAAAAGCCGCGAACGGCUUACAGGAUACACUUGGCCGGGGUCAUCCUGAUACCUUGAUGGCAAUGGAGACACUCGGCCGGGUCUAUAUGCACCGAGGGCGACCCCACGACGCGAAGCCAUUAUUGGUCGAAGUCUAUGAGGCACGAAAAAUGAUGUUCGGCCCAGAUAACCCUGACACAUUGAUGGCUAUGGCGGAAUUGGGGAUGACCUACCAUGCUCUUGGGAAUUUGACCGAGGCUGAGCUGAUUCUUGAAGUAGUCGUGGCGAAGAGGAAGCGAGUCCUUGGACAGCAGCACGCUUACACCUUGUGGGCGAUUAACGAUCUGUCGAAGAUCUAUUGCGAUCAAGGUCACGCCGUUGAAGCGGAACUACUACUGGUGAACAUAUUGGAGACGGUGACCAGAACCCUAGGGAAGGAGCAUAUUGGCAUGUCAAUGACCAAGAUGAACCUCGCGCGGGCAUACAUUGGCCAGCAUCAAUGGGCGAAGUCCCGAGAUACCCUCACGGAUCUGGUAGAAAUGCAGGUACGAACACUUGGCCCUGAACAUCCCGACACCCUGGCUGCAAGGUCCGAGCUUGCACGUACCUAUAGGUACUUGGGAAGGUUGGAUGAGGCCGAGGUAAUAUUUUCGGAUCUAAUUGACGCGAUGAGCAAGAUCAUGGGCCCUGAGCAUCCUUGGACGAAGAAGGCCGAGGGCCAGCUCUCCGCGAUUUACAUAAGUCAAGGCCGUUUGGAGGAGGCCGAACAAUGUGACUUGAGACUCCGAACUUGGGACGCAAAGCUGCCCAAAUCUCAAACCAUUUGA